UGGACAGAUAACGUUAGCUAGCUAACUGAUUGCAACAUGUUCAAGUAGGAAGCAAAAGGGGGUUGGACGCAUGUUCAUUCAGAUUACUGGUAAAGUGAACAGUGCAGACUGACUGUAGGCUAUUUCGCGCCCAAGAAACUGCUUCCUACCAGGUAAACCUCUAGACAGGCCUGACAGUGGAGAUGUCUAAAGCGCCAGAUGGCCCCGCAAGGACCAGAUCCAAGUCCAGGUCCAGGUCUUGCACGCGGUCUCGUUCCAGAAGCCGCUCCCGCUCCAGAUCCAGGAAGCACCGCUACAGUUCUAGGUCACGGUCCCGCUCCAGAUCUCACUCUCCGUCCCAUGGCAGGAACUAUCCCACCAGAGACUACCAGAACAACCGGGGUUACCAGAGGGGCUACAACCGUGGCUUCCGCAGACCCUUUUACUUCCGCGGUAGAACCCGGGGCUUCUACCCUCGCCAGGGUUACCAGAGAGGAGGUAACAGCUACGGCUACAGAGCCAACAACUGGCAGGGGGGGGGCUACCGGGACGGGCCGCCCCACGACCAGGACCACCACGGUCCUCACAGUCCCAGGAGAGGGAGAUCUCGGUCCCGCACGCCCCGGAAACGCUCAGGCAGCCGCAGCCACUCCCGGUCUCGAUACUCCGACCGUUCGUCCUCCAGGGGUUCCCGACGGUCCCGGCGGAACCACAGCUCCUCUUCCCGCUCCUCUUCCCCGCGGAAUCGCCGCAGCAGCCCCGGCUCAGGGAAGCCUGGCUCUAAAGAUGUAAAGGACAAGACUACACCAGCAGAGGUCAAGGAGGAGAGGGGAGGGGCUGGGGAGCAGGUAGGAGGACCAGGGGGAGAAGGCAGCAGUCAUGAUAAGGCCUCUGCUGGGAAAUGGCAGGGUCUGAGUGACUAUAACAGCAGCCCCAAAUGCAGCAGUCCGGCUGUUGGUGCCAAACAGGGGAAGUCAGACCCCAAAGGGUCAUUGUGGAGAACCAUGGGCAGCACUGGCAGUGUUCCCUCUACCAAGAGCCCACCAGGCUCCACCAAGGCCGGGCCGACUGCCUCCACCAGUGGGUUUGGUUUCUUUGGCAAGGAGGAUCCCACCAGAGCAGACGAUAAGACUGCUAUUUCCUCUGCUUUCAAAAAGUUCUUGGCAGAAAACAAGAACAAAAAGCAGCAGGCGGCGGCAGAGUGGGAGAAUGGCCAGGACGGCGACAGCAGAGAGAAAGGGAACAGCAAGAUUGGAGGAGGCCUUUUCAACAUAACAGCAGCCUCCUUCAGCUCCAAGGCCGAUAAGUCUCUGCCCUUCCUGGAAAGAGCCGAAGAGGCCUUCCUCAAGUCUCAGGCUGCUGAAAGAGAGGAGGAGGAGGUGAUCAAGCCCAAAGGAGCCACCCUGACAACACGGGAUGUGUUUGGGAAGUGGGAAGACGAGCCCCAUUACUACCCCCCGGGGAAGGACGAGGAGAGACGGAGAGACACGGCCGAAGACGUGGAUGAAGACCUGGAGCACAUGGAAGAGGAGCUUUACCGCAGCCGCAAGCAGGCCUCCAAGAAAGAAGAGAAGUCCAAGAGGAAGGAGAAGAAGAAGGAGAAGAGCAACAGGAGGAGUCCAUCUCCCGUCAGCGCAGCAGUGCCCCCUAGGGGUUCAGGCAACGGGGAGAAGGACAGGCCCCUAGCCCUGUUCCCCAUCAAUAGGUUGGAGUCACACCUACCCCGGUCCUCUGGGAAGAGGGAGGGCUUGGAGCACAGUAUCAACACAUUUGAUGAAAUGCCCAGCUCCUCUGGAAGUCUGACUAAGGAGCGUGGUUUGUCCAGGGAUCUGGUGCAUCCCAGUAAGAAAGAUCCCGGACAGUUCCGCUCCAUUUUCCAACACAUACAGGCUGCUCAACUCCAACGCAGCCCCUCCGAGCUGUUUGCGCAGCAUAUUGUCACCAUUGUGCACUACAUCAAAGCACAACAUUUCCACUCUUCAGGCAUGACUUUAAGUGAGCGAUUUGCCAUGUACCAAAGAAAAGCAGCUGAGAUGGAAUUGAUUAAACAAAGGAAGAGUCCAGAAAUCCACAGGAGAAUCGAUGUCUCCCCCAGUGCUUUUACCAGACACUCUCACCUGCUUGAGGAGCUGGAGGACUGCAGCUACAAGGAUCGGGGUAGAACAGCGAAAACGGACCCAAUGGACCUGCGUCUGGAUAUAGAGCGCCGUAAAAGGUUUUCUGGGAAGGAGCAACGGGACGGGGGCAAGGGCUCCCAGGGACCCAGCCAAGAGAGGUCCUCAGAGAAAUCUUCCAAACGCCACAAGAAAUCAAAAAAAAACAAGAAGAAUCGUAAUCGCUCUCCAUCCUCCUCCUCCUCUUCCUCCUCCUCUCCCUCUCCCUUCAGAGAAGGGUUCAGAGGUAAAGACCACAUGAUGGGGGAGGAAAUGGAGCAUAUGGACCAGGGCUACAGUAAGCCUCGCUUCGGGUCCCGUGACUAUGAGGGCCCCAUGGAUAGGUGUCCCCCCCGAGACUAUGAGGGCCCCAUGGAUAGGGGUCCCCCCCGCGACUAUGAGGGCCCCAUGGAUAGGGGCCGAGGACGUGGUGGAGGAUUUCUUCCCAGAGUAAGAGGAGGAGGAAGGGGCUGGAAUAGGGGCAAUUACCAAGGUAACACGAGCAGCAAUGGCAACCCCCCUCCUAAUAUGAACGCCGCCCCCCCAGAGCGCCCCCCAGAUGAGGACUGGGACCCAGAGUACACCCCCAAGAGCAGGAAAUACUACUUUCAUGAUGACCGUGAGGACGAGAAGACAUGGCUGGAGAGCUGUGGCCGAGGGGUCUUUCCCCACAGCAGGGGUCGCUUCAUCUACCGCAAGGGGGGCAGAAGCCCCAACAAGUGGACUCAUGACAUGUUCCAGACUGGCGAGGAAGGGGGCGGGAACAAGGAGGAGGAGCACCACAAAGAGUUGGACCAGAAAGACGACAACCAGGCCGCCGUAGACCCCUCAGCUUCCUCCAAACUGUAGUAGAGGACUAGGCCCUGUUACUUCUCUUGCUCCUCUUGCUCCUCCUUCAUCCUCUUGCUCCUCCUCACCCAUCUUCUACCACCAGAGCUUUCUGUCCAUUUGUGAGAGGUCAUCUGAUCCUCUGAGAUCAUCUCUGUGUAGGCUAUAGGAGCCUGCACACAGUCACAUCAGAACGUACAUGAUACACUGGUCUUUGUAUUGUUGAGACAGUGCCACUUUCAGUAAGUUGUGAAAGACGUUGAAUUGAACUUGAGUUAAGAGCAAUACUUUUUAAUUUUAAUUACUACCAGUAAUUUGUCUUUGUUUAUCUGUCUGUAUUUGCUUAUUUGUUUUGCGAACAGCUGACUGGUUUUCAGUUGUUUUCUGGGUCUGCAAUGGUGAUGGUAUUGCAGCUACAUUGAUUUAAAACUUCAAGGACAAAAUUAUUUUCCCUCUUAAGACAUUGAAAUGACAUGCAUUUGUGCCUUAAAGUUUAUAUUCAUACAUGGUGAUAUAUGUGCAUUGCUCUAAUUUUGUGCAAAUGUUCUGCUGUACUAGCUAACGCAAGCCUUUAGCUAAACAGGUGUUUUGGGCAAUGAUACGUUUCUGAGGGUAUUUGCAUAACCAUUUGGACUCAACUUCCCCACCCCAUUGGACCAACCUACUGUGGGUACUGAGAACUCCCCACCCCAUUGGACCAACUUACUGUGGGUACUGAGAACUCCCCACCCCAUUGGACCAACCUACUGUGGGUACUGAGAACUCCCCACCCCAUUGGACCAACCUACUGUGGGUACUGAGAACUCUCCACCCCAUUGGACCAACCUACUGUGGGUACUGAGAACUCCCCACCCCAUUGGACCAACCUACUGUGGGUACUGAGAACUCCCCACCCCAUUGGACCAACCUACUGUGGGUACUGAGAACUCCCCACCCCAUUGGACCAACCUACUGUGGGUACUGAGAACUCCCCACCCCAUUGGACCAACCUACUGUGGGUACUGAGAACUCCCCACCCCAUUGGACCAACCUACUGUGGGUACUGAGAACUCCCCACCCCAUUGGACCAACCUACUGUGGGUACUGAGAACUCCCCACCCCAUUGGACCAACCUACUGUGGGUACUGAGAACUCCCCACCCCAUUGGACCAACCUACUGUGGGUACUGAGAACUCCCCACCCCAUUGGACCAACUUACUGUGGGUACUGAGAACUCCCCACCCCAUUGGACCAACUUACUGUGGGUACUGAGAACUCCCCACCCCUUGGACCAACCUACUGUGGGUACUGAGAACUCCCCACCCCAUUGGACCACCUUACGUGUGGUACUGAACCUCUCCACCCCACGGGACCAACUUACUGUGGGUACUGAGAAUUCCCCACCCCAUUGGACCAACCUACUGUGGGUACUGAGAACUCCCCACCCCAUUGGACCACCUACGUGUGGUACUGAGAACUCCCCACCCCAUUGGACCAACCUACUGUGGGUACUGAGAACUCCCCACCCCAUUGGACCACCUUACGUGUGGUACUGAGAACUCCCCACCCCAUUGGACCAACCUACUGUGGGUACUGAGAACUCCCCACCCCAUUGGACCAACCUACUGUGGGUACUGCGAACUCCCCAUUAGUUUUUCACAUUGUUCCAUUUGAGAAUUCUUCAUAUCCUAAGCAUUUUCAUUACCGCCAAUACUUCUGCUCUCCUACUUUUUGGGGGUUUGAGGUUUUGUAUGUGGUGCCCCCCCCCUGUUGAUACUGGAUGUUUUUCUGUUUUUAAAGCAAGGAUUUUCACUGUGUAAAAUGAAAGGACUGUGACAAAAAAAUAGUUUGUUUCAGAGUAAAUUAAAAAGUAAGUAAAAAAAAAAGUCAAUAUUGUUAUUGAGGCCUUUAUCUUGGGAGAAGUGUUUAAAUAGGAUACUGUAUGUUUUAAUAACAUAUUUUUGAAAAUGGAUCGGUUUAUGGGCUUGUCGGAGUCCUUCAGUAAUGUUCUUUAUCAAAAGGUAAACUUGGACUGUUGAGGUUUAUGGCAUAAGAAGUAGAGAACAUUUCCCUGUAUGUGGCAAGUACUGUCAAAGUAUAAUUGUUGGUGGCGUUUAAACAGGUGAGUAGGGUUUAGUAAGGUACUGGGCUGCUUUGUUUGGCCUAUCCAGACUGUCCUGUACUGUAGGACUGUGAUUUAAAUUUUAGUUUUUUUAUGCUACAUUUGAAACUGACGCUAACAUAUUUUCUGUUACUUCAGAGGUUUGAACUACUCUUAAAUGUUCAAUAAAUACGUUCUCUGGUUCGCUUGAA